AAACUAUUUUUGAUACACUCCCAUCCCUAAAGCAGAGGUAGCAGAGGUGAGGGAAGUCUAGUGUGUCUCUGCUGUCGUAGAUUAAGUUCUGCUGAGGAUGUUCGGGGAAACUAGGACAUGAGAACAUUAGAAGUGAGAAGAGGUAACAUUGCUGCAGACUUCUGGAAAAAUAAAGUUGGGGUUGGUUGUAUCCGCGCUCCGAGGGACAUGAUGUCUUCGGCAACGGUGUGAAGGACCUGAACUCCUCACAGAGAUGUUGGGCCCAAAUGGAUGUCAUGUACAGUGAAUCUGGAGCUAUGGCUGAUCACUCCUCAUAAUAUACAGGAUACUCAGAUCCUUCGUCGCCAGCCUAAUCUAUCCUGGAAGUAACAUGGGAAUGUUAAUCUUUUAUUUCUGGAUUUAGUCUGGAAGGAGAACCGAGCAACUACCGCGUUAUCUUGACGCACCACUCAAGGUAUCCGCGCCCGAGAAAUACAGUUCGUGCAUUUGAAGAGCCAGCGCGUAAAACACAAUGCAUGGGUGGCAAAGUAGUAAAAUGAUCUAGAAUUGAGAACUGUAUAUUGACUGACUUUUAUUGUUGGGUGAAUUCACACCAAGUUCGAUAUAAUAUAAUUAUUUGAAAAUGAAAGAAAAAUCGAAAAAUGCUGCCCGGACUCGACGGGAAAAGGAAAAUAGUGAAUUCUAUGAGCUGGCCAAACUAUUGCCUUUGCCUUCUGCCAUCACGUCUCAGCUUGAUAAAGCUUCAAUUAUUCGACUCACAACAAGUUACUUGAAAAUGAGAAUAGUUUUUCCUGAAGGUCUGGGAGAGUCCUGGGGCCACGUGAGUCGGACCAGAUCUCUGGAUAAUGUCGGGAGAGAGAUGGGAUCACAUCUUUUACAGGUGGGAUCACAUAUCCUACAGACGUUGGACGGGUUCAUUUUUGUGGUUGCUCCUGACGGGAAAAUAAUGUACAUAUCUGAAACAGCAUCGGUCCAUUUGGGCCUAUCACAGGUAGAGCUGACGGGAAAUAGUAUUUACGAGUACAUCCACCCCGCUGACCACGACGAAAUGACCGCGGUGCUAACAGCUCACCAGCCAUGCCACUCGCACUUUGUCCAAGAAUAUGAAAUGGAACGUUCGUUCUUCUUAAGAAUGAAAUGCGUCCUCGCGAAAAGAAAUGCUGGUCUGACAUGUGGUGGAUACAAGGUGAUCCACUGCAGCGGGUACCUAAAGAUCCGUCAGUACAGCCUGGACAUGUCUCCAUUUGAUGGCUGCUACCAGAACGUGGGCUUGGUGGCAGUGGGCCACUCUCUACCCCCUAGCGCUGUCACUGAAAUCAAACUACACAGCAACAUGUUCAUGUUCAGAGCCAGCCUGGAUAUGAAGCUCAUCUUCCUCGACUCCAGGGUAGCUGAGCUGACAGGCUAUGAGCCCCAGGAUCUUAUAGAGAAGACCCUCUAUCACCAUGUCCAUAGCUGUGACUCCUUCCACCUCAGAUGUGCACACCACUUGUGUGAGUUAGUGCUGGUAAAAGGCCAAGUGACCACUAAGUACUAUAGGUUCCUGGCUAAGCAGGGUGGCUGGGUCUGGGUCCAGAGCUAUGCCACCAUCGUACACAACAGCCGUUCCUCCAGACCCCACUGUAUCGUCAGUGUCAACUACGUCCUCACGGAUACUGAGUAUAAAGGACUCCAGCUGUCUCUGGACCAGGUGACAGACACCAAGCCCUCCUUCCCCUUCAGCAGUACUCCCCCCAGCCUCACUGAGAACCGCAGAGCACCCAGGAGCAGAGUGUCCCGAGCCAAGGCCAAGGCUCGACUGUCCCCCUACACACAGUACACUGGUUUCCAGGCCGAGCGGUCAGAGUCGGACCAGGAUAGCCCUUGGGCAGGAUCUCCCCUCACAGACUCCGCUUCCCCUCAGCUGCUGGAGCAGGGAGAGGGGCUUGGCGCCUCCUGUGCCUACAAGCAGUUCUCCGAGCCACGUCCCCUCUGCUACAGCCUCCCAAUCACUGAGGAGCACCACCACCACACCCCGAGCGACAGCCACUCCCACCUCCACACACACGGCCACAACCAGACGUGCGAGCGGGGCCGCUGUGAGGCAGGGAGGUACUUCCUGGGUGCUCCUCAGGGUGGGAGAGAGGCAUGGUGGGGAGCUUCCCGCUCUGUGCUGCCCCUGGCCAAGACCUCGUCCCUGGAGAAUGGAGAGGGAUACGAGAGCAGCGUGCCCCACAUCACCUCCAUCCACAGUCUGCAUAACCGUGGCCAAUGGGACCAGGACAGUGUGGUCAGCUCGCCAGACGGGGGCUCCGCCAGCGACUCAGGGGAUCGUUACCGCGCAGACUACUUCCGGGCCAGCCCCCAGGAGCCAAGCAAGAUCGAGACCCUGAUCCGAGCCACGCAGCAGAUGAUCAAGGAGGAGGAGAAUCGGCUGCAGCACCGCAGUAAGCUCCACCCAGGCCCUGACACUCAUCUAGGGCCUGCCAACGGCCUCCCGAAGGGCCCCGGCCCCUGCUUCACCACCGACUACCCCCAGGGGGUGCUACAGAGUGUGUUGUGCCGUGGCCUGGGUCAGCUGGGUCAGGUGAUCAGCCCCGCCUCAAGCCCUGCCCCUCUCUCCAGGCUCAGCAGCCCAGGGUCUGACCACCACCCCCCCAAGCCCAAAAACUACCUCCAGCAGACCGGACAGACAGACCUGUCCCCUCUCCCUCUCCCCCAGCCCCUGCAUCACCAGCUUGGCUGUCCAGGCCCCUGCUCAGCCUCCUCCCCUACCCCUGCCCCGGCCCUCUACCCUUCCCACCCCCAAACCCAAACGAGGAGGCCCUAUCUGGACAAGCAAGCUGCUACCUACUCCCUGACGGGCUACGCCCUGGAGCACCUGUAUGACACAGAGAGCCUCAGGGACUUCUGUUCCUCCGCUGGCUCUACCCACUACGACGUGACUUCACACCUGCGCAUGCAGGCAGAGCAGGGGCCGGGACACAAGGGGACCUCCGUCAUCAUCACCAACGGCAGCUAACAUCCGCUCGUCCAAUAACACUAAAGGGAUGUCUAAAAUGUCACACUAUUCCCUAUACAGUACGCUACUUUUGAC